AUGGCUAAGGCCUAUGACUGCACGGAGUGGUCUUUUCUCCGUCAUAUGUUGCUGGCUCUGGGUUUUGAUGCAAGGUGGGUGGAGCUUAUUAUGUUUUAUGUAACUACAGUAUCAUAUAGCUUCUUGGUGAAUGGCUCUCGUAUUGGCCCUGUGAAGCCAUCUCGUGUCUUGCGACAGGGCAAUCCGCUAUCUCCCUACCUCUUCAUUAUUUGUGCAGAUGGGCUCUCCCUAUUGUUACAGAAGGCUCAAUCUGGUGGCUCUAUUCAUGGGUGCAGAGCUAAUGUUCAGGAGGCUGGUGAAGUAAAACGUUGUUUAUUUGUGUAUGAGAGUUUGUCUAGGCUGGUGGUCAACUUCCACAAGUCCAGUAUAUGCUUUAGUAAGAAUACUCGGGAGGAAACCAGAGAAGAAGUGGCGCUGGUUCUAGGGGUUGUGCAGGCCCCUAAUUUUGGCAAAUAUUUGGGUCUCCCCUCGUUUGUUGGAAGGAAUAAGAAGGAAACAUUCUCUUACAUUGAGGACAAGAUCAGGCAAAGGAUUAGAUCUUUGAGUAAGAAACUUCUAUCGCAGGCAGGCAAGGAAAUUAUGUUGAAAAGUGUGGUUUAG